GCGGGUAAUUCAACGGGAAGGAUCGUCGAGGAAAUAACAUCGAUACAUACAGUACACAGACAGAGCGUUUAUUUAAAAGCUGGUCUGUUCACUUCAACCUUGACUAGCACACCCGGAACCAGAAAAAGAUUUUAGUUUGAAACUUGUUUUAUUUAUUUGUUUUAGAAAGUUGUGUCGGCUUUUAUUAAUUUGCUCGUUUGCAAAAAUUUAUUGCAGCGAGAUUCUUACGGAACUGAUUUCAAAAUGUCUAUGGUUCACGGGAGUUCGUUUCAAAUUGCACAGGACGGUGAAAAUGAGAAUCAAGGUGUUCAAAGAGUGAAAAAAGCUGGAUUGACUGCCCGUGGAAAUGUAGCAGUUGCCAAACGAUCAGCACUGGGAACAAUAACGAACCAAAAUAUUAGAGUACAACCAUCAAGGGCCGCAAAGUCGGGUAAUGCAGAUUGCCAGGAUGAAAAUGUUUUUGCAAAACAGAAGUCUUUUGGAUCUAGUAACAAUGAAAACAAAGGAUUUAAAAUUCAUGUUGAUGAACCAACAGUACAGGUACUCACAACUGCUACAUUGAAAACUACAAGACAAAGUGAAGACGAAGACAUAAAAUUAAAUGACCAAGUGACAUCUUUACCAUCUUUACAAGCAUUAGAAGACAUCCAAGUAGACAAUGAGAAUGGCUCGCCCAUGGUAUUGGAUGUUACUAUUGAAGAUGCAGAAAAGAAACCCAUUGAUAGAGAAGCUAUUAUCCUUUCAGUUCCAGAAUAUGCAGAAGAUAUUUAUAAGCAUCUAAGAGAAGCAGAGUCGAGACACCGUUCUAAGCCCGGCUACAUGAAGAAACAACCAGAUAUAACAAAUUCUAUGAGAAGUAUUUUGGUUGACUGGAUGGUUGAAGUUUCGGAAGAAUAUAAAUUACAUCGAGAAACCCUUUUCCUAGCUAUAAAUUAUAUUGACAGAUUCCUCUCACAAAUGUCUGUAUUAAGAGGCAAAUUACAACUUGUUGGAGCAGCUAGUAUGUUUAUUGCAUCGAAAUAUGAAGAAAUUUACCCACCAGAGGUUUCCGAGUUUGUAUACAUUACUGAUGAUACCUAUGAACAGAAACAAGUCCUCCGUAUGGAACAUUUAAUAUUGAAGGUCUUGUCAUUUGAUGUAGCUCAACCUACGAUAAACUGGUUUACCGAUACCUACGCAAAAAUGGCUGAUACUGAUGAAACAACGAAAUCUUUAUCUAUGUAUUUAUCUGAACUAACAUUAGUGGAUGCCGACCCUUAUUUAAAAUAUUUACCCAGUACAAUUGCAGCAGCAUCUUUAUGUUUAGCAAAUAUCACAUUAGGCAGUGAACCAUGGCCUUCAAGUUUAGCCAAAGAAUCAAAGUAUGAAAUUAGUGAAUUUUCUGAAUGUUUACAAGAAAUGUAUCAGACAUAUUUAAAUGCACCAAAUCAUCCACAACAAGCCAUUAGAGAAAAAUACAAGUCAUCAAAAUAUCAACAGGUAUCAUCUAUCAGUCCUCCCUCCAGUUUGUCCUUCACCAUGUAGUCAGCUUCUCUUAUCAGUUCUACCACAGUUCUUUCAACAGCCGACCCACCAAAUUCAAAUCAUAGGACACGAAAUUUUAAUAUGCAUGGAUUCAUAAUCUCAUUUUUGUUUUUUUAAAUCGUUCCAAUCAUUUUAAAUCAUUUUUUUAAUCAACAGAAUUUGUUUUUAAUUAAAACUAUGGUAUUGUUUUUAUAAUAGUGCAAUAUAAAGAUGGUCAUUGUAAUAAAUGAUCUAAUCAUGUUAAUAGUGUGAAUGUAUUUUGAAUGUAUUUUUUGAUUGUAUUUUUUGCAUGGAGUGAGUGAAUGGGACCAAGACAUUUAUAAAUCAGUGAAUUAAAUCCAGAGUUAAACCAUAAUUUUUAAUCACUGUAAAUAAAAUUGCACUAUUAAUUUUAAAGAUUAAGUUUUAAUUUAAUUUGUUUUUAAAAUGGAUAAAUUAUCGGUGCAAAUUUUGUAAGUCGGAUAGUUUAUUUAUUUUCAGAGUUUUCCCAUUUUUACACACUAAACUGUUAAAAUUUCUGUUUCUUCUAUUUUCUUAGUUUUCUCAUCUUUUGUUUCUGUCUUCCUUCGGCUGUAACUGUGCUACUCUACAGCGUUCUGUGUAAACCUGGGAAUUCUCUUUAAACUAGUAUUGUGUAGAUUUUAUGACAAGCUUUUGUAAAUGGCAUUCCUUUAAUAAAGUGUACAAAGCUAAA